GGCGCGCUUUCAACAGUUUGUUCCAGACUCUUCAUCUAGAAAAACGCGCUGUUAUGGCUGCCUAUAUCCACCACGUGGCAGUUACACUGAUUUUACUGCUAACGUGGUUUUUUAUAUCAUCAGCUAGAAUAGUGUCUGAUAUAUCCGAUAAUGAUCCUGACAAGGAAAUGCCCCUGGAAAUUAAAGAAAGAACCAGAAUCUUCCCUGAUGAACUCAAAUUCUCCGAUUAUACGUUUAGUCGUCCAUAUAGAGCCAUAAGAAGAAUAAUGAAACCCAGAGCUACACGGAUCGGUGAAAAUUUAUUCACUGCAAGAGGUUACGGAAAACGGGCUGGAAAAAACGACAUGGAAUUAUUGAGUGCUAGAACCUAUGGAAAAAGGAAUGAGGAUCAAUUGUCUUCUUAUUUGUGUGCCAUUACAAAGUGCCAUGAACCCUAUCAAACGUCCCCGAACAUAAACGAAAAUAUGAUGGCCCGAAUGAUGGAACGGCGAGAUACAGAGUUGCCCAAUGAACUGGAAAUGGACGAAGACUGAGUUAAAUUUAAUAUCCUUUAAAUAACUAAUAAUAUUAUAACUUUGCAGAUUAAUAAAGUAAUCCUUUAGUAUGUUAAAAAAGUUACAAAUGUGAUCCUGAACGUAGUAUAACUUCUUGUAAGAUAACCUUAACGAGUAAAUUAAGUUCACAAAAUAUAUAUAGAUGACAAAAUAUUAUGUUAACUGUUAAACUCUAUGCAAAGUUACUUAAAAUAUCAGUAGUUUGCUUAACAAGUAUAGGCCUUAUACAGACAUCAUCUGUCAGUAUGUUUUAUUUAUUAGUGACAAUAGAGGCACCUGCCAAGCAGAUUGCUGGUAUUCCAAAUGACAUUAUAUAAACUAUAGGGAAAUUUAUUUUAUUGGAAAAAAUAGCUUUUAUUAUUAUUAGAUUAUUCGAACAGGACUCUAUAUAAAAAACGAAUUGAAAACAACAAUAAAACUUUAGGCAAAGUAAAAGUACGUAAAUUAUAUUGUUAUAUAAAUAUGUUACUUUAUAUUAUUGAAAUAUCUGUUAGCCUAAUGAUAAACUAUAUUAAAUUAAGUAAAUAAAUAUAGAAAAAAGCAA